AUGCUUUAUAUCAAGCCCUGUCAGGAUCAGGAAACAAGCUACACCAUCAUAAAGUCAAAGGAGACGGAUGUUUUGGUGGAUGGCCUUAAACCUUCCUCAGCGUACAUCUUUCAAAUUAGAGCACGCACCUCUGCAGGCUACGGAGGGUUCAGUCGCCGCUUUGAGUUUGAAACAAGCCCUUACUUAGCGGCCUCCAGUGAUCAGGGUCAGGUGCCCAUCAUCGCUGUCGCGGUCACUGUGGCCAUCAUCCUCGUCGCCUUGGUCACAGGUUUCCUGAUGAGUGGCAGACGUUGUGGCUACAGCAAAGCCAAGCAAGAUCCAGACGAGGAGAAGAUGCACUUCCACAAUGGACACAUCAAAUUCCCAGCGGUCCGCACGUAUAUCGAUCCUCACACCUACGAAGAUCCCAACCAGGCCGUCCACGAGUUCGCCAAGGAGAUUGAUGUGUCCUGUAUCACCAUUGAGCGAGUUAUUGGAGCCGGUGAGUUCGGUGAGGUGUGCAGCGGUUUGCUGCGGCUGCCAGGGAAGAGAGAGAUCCCAGUGGCCAUUAAAACUCUGAAAGCCGGUUACACCGAGAAGCAGAGGAGGGACUUCCUGGGCGAGGCCAGCAUCAUGGGCCAGUUCGAGCAUCCCAACAUCAUCCACCUCAAGGGGGUCAUCACUAAGAGUAAACCAGUUAUGAUAAUAACAGAAUAUAUGGAGAAUGGAUCCCUGGACACCUUUUUGAAGAAGAACGACGGUCAGUUCACUGUCAUCCAGUUGGUCGGCAUGCUGCGUGGCAUUGCUUCUGGCAUGCGCUACCUCUCUGAGAUGGGCUAUGUGCACCGUGACCUGGCUGCCCGCAACAUCCUGGUCAACAGCAACCUGGUGUGUAAGGUGUCCGACUUCGGCUUGUCGAGAGUGCUGGAGGACGACCCAGAGGCGGCCUACACAACCCGCGGAGGAAAGAUUCCCAUCAGGUGGACGGCUCCAGAGGCCAUCGCCUACAGGAAGUUCACCUCAGCCAGUGACGUGUGGAGCUACGGCAUUGUGAUGUGGGAAGUGACGUCGUACGGCGAGAGACCAUACUGGGAGAUGAGCAAUCAAGACGUGAUAAAGGCGGUGGAGGAGAACUACAGGCUGCCGGGUCCCAUGGACUGUCCGACCGCUCUCUAUCAUCUCAUGAUGGACUGCUGGCAGAAAGACAGGAACAGCCGGCCCAAAUUCGAGGAGAUUGUCAGCUUACUGGAUAAACUCAUCCGCAAUCCCAGCAGCCUCAAGGGUCUAGUUAACCCAUCAAACAGAGUGUCCAAUUUAUUAGUGGAGCAUGGGAGCCCUGAGGGCUGUGUAUUCAGAUCGGUGGAGGAAUGGUUAGAGGCCAUAAAAAUGGGUCGAUACACUGAGCUUUUCACGGAAAGUGGAUACACUUCUCUGGAUGUAGUCACUCAAAUGACCUUGGAAGAUCUUAGGAGGGUUGGAGUCACUUUGGCCGGCCAUCAGAAAAAGAUCCUGAACAGCAUUCAGGAGAUGCGAGUCCAAAUGAUGAACACCACUAUGCCCAUCUUAGAGUGGCCUCAGAGGAACCUCCAACAGUAGCCUAGCACUUUCUACGGACACUUAUUUAUUGAACGGAACUAUUUAAUGAAAAAAAAAAAAUUUGACUGAUGAAAAAAA